AUGGCUACAGAGCAGGAAUUUCAACUUCGCGAACGGGCUCUUCGCCGUCGUUUGCGUCAAACCCAAGCCAUUUCUAUGGUUUUUGCUGGUGUUUCCUGUGUUGCAAUACAGCAACUUUCAGACUUACAAUGGGGUCGGGAUGGGGAAGAUGAGGAUGGGAGUGAUGAAGAUGGGAGUGACGAGGAUGAGGAUGAGGACGAUGAAGAUGAGAACGGAGAUAGCAACAGCGACGACGAUUCAAGCGGCUCAUGA